AUGUCGGCUGAUGAUUCACUCAGAUCCCGCCAGGUUGUGGCGAUAGAGCGGAUGCUUGCGUUGAACAAAGUUGUGCAACCAGAUGCCAGUGACGCCAAUCUUCUCAAACAAGACAUUAUUUGGAAAGUAUUGGUAUUGGACAAAAAAUCCACCAACAUUGUCUCGUCUAUCCUCAGUGUGAAUGAUUUAUUGAAUACAGGUAUCACCAUGCACACUUUGAUCAACUCUCCUAGUCGAGCUGCAUUACCAGACGUUCCAGCGAUCUAUUUUAUUCAACCAACCAAAGAAAACAUCUUGAAGAUAGUAGAGGAUUUGGAAAAAGAUUUCUAUUCAGAAUACUACAUCAACUUCUUGAGCUCUUUAGAUCGGGAAUUAUUAGAAGAAUUCGCCAAUUUGGUGUCGUUAACUGGAAGAUCACAAAAAGUUAAACAGGUGUUUGAUCAGUACCUUGAUUAUCUUGUAACUGAACCUCAGCUAUUCUCGUUGGACUUACAAGGAGUUUACUCAAAAUUAAAUACCCCGGCAGUUACUGAAGAUGAAAUCACUAAAAUUGCUGAUAGUAUUGCCUCCGGAUUGUUCAAUCUUAUCAUAACUUUAAAUACUGUGCCAAUCAUUAGGGCCCCUAGAGGUGGUCCAGCGGAAUUCGUUGCACAAAAAUUGGAUGCCAAACUACGCGACCACGUCAUUAAUAUGAAGAGUAUCUCUCCAUCAACAGCUUACAGUCUGCAUGGCCAUGGAGAUAGUAGACAAGUGUUAGUUUUAUUGGAUAGAAAUAUUGAUUUAUCAGCAAUGUUUGCUCAUUCUUGGAUUUAUUCAUGUAUGAUUAGUGAUGUGUUCCAGCUCAAUAGAAAUACCAUUGUUCUACAAACUGUCGAUUCUGACACUGGUACUACCAAGUCGAAAAAAUGCUAUAUUGAUGGCAAUGAUUUCUUUUGGGAACAAAAUUCCGCUUCACCUUUCCCAGAGGUUGUUGAAAAUAUCGAAAAGGAAGCUAGUGAAUACAGAAACAAGGCUGCUGAUUUGACUAACAAAACAGGAGUUACUUCAUUAAGUGAUAUUGAUCCAAAUCAAUCAGACACCUACCAGAUCCAACAGGCUAUCAAACAAUUACCCGAAUUGACCGCAAAGAAGCAGGUUAUUGAUACACACAUGUCGAUUUUGGAUGCCUUAUUGAAACAGUUGCAAGCCAACAAUUUGGAUGUUUUCUUUGAAGUGGAACAAACUUGCAAAAAGGAUAACCAAUCAAAGGUGGAAGCUGAUUUCUUGGAAAAAUUGAAGAAUGAUAAAUCAGAAAGUAACAAAAAUGAUAAAUUGAGAACUUAUUUGAUCUUAUAUUUGAGCUUGGACUUGUCGUCAGAGUUUACCCAAAAAGUGGAGUCGAUUUUACAAGGAUUGAACUGUGACUUGAGCGCAUUGGCAUAUAUCAAGAAAGUGAAAGAAAUUGUAACAUUAUCUAGUCUAUCAUCAGGCAUUGAUAGUAAUGAGAACACAUCUGCCAAUAGCGGUAGUAUCAAGACCUCUCUUGGAAAUGCUGCUGGUGGAUCUUUGUUUUCAGGGAUUUCCUCGAAACUUUUUGAUGGUAGUACACUUACAAGUGGUGUUGGAUCAAUUAUAUCCGGUUUGAAGACCUUAUUGCCAGAGAAGCAAACCAUGCCAAUUACCAACUUGGUGGAAUCGAUCAUGGAACCAGCCAGAGCUAACCAAGUUACCUUAAACACUACCGAUGAUUAUUUGUACUUUGACCCAACGAUUGUCAGAGGUAACCAUUCCAAAUUGCCUAAGAGAUCCACCUAUCACCAAUCUGUGGUAUUUGUGGUGGGAGGAGGUAACUAUUUGGAGUACCAAAACUUGCAAGAGUGGGCCACUGGAUUGAAUGUCGACAGUAGCAGCACUGGGAUCAAGAGAAGCGUGAUUUAUGGGUCAACAGCCAUCAUUAAUCCAAAUGACUUCUUGGAAGAGUGUGGAUCAUUGGGCCGUCCUAGCGAUGGUGCUAGCCACGAUUUAUUAUGA